AUGGACGACACCGUUUCACCGAUCGAGGAAGUUCGGUUGAUCGUAUCGAACGAAGAUGAUCCGACCUUGCCGGUUUGGACUUUCCGUAUGUGGUUUUUGGGACUGGUCUCGGUGGUGCUCCUCUCGUUUUUGAACACAUUUUUUGGGUACAGAAAGGAACCUCUGUUGGUGACGAUGAUAUCGAUUCAGGUUGCGACGCUUCCCAUUGGACGGUUCAUGGCGAAAGUGCUUCCAAAAUGGAAGUUUCGAAUCGGUAAAAAAGAGCUAACGCUGAAUCCAGGGCCAUUCAACAUGAAAGAGCACGUGUUAAUUUCUAUAUUCGCAAACGCUGGUGCUGCAUUUGGGAACGGUUCGGCAUACGCGUUGAGUAUUGUGGAUAUAAUUCGAGCGUUUUAUGGUAGAAAAAUUAGUUUCUUGGCUAGUUGGCUUCUUGUAAUGACGACGCAGGUGUUGGGGUAUGGAUGGGCGGGGAUUAUGAAGAAGUACGUGGUGGAGCCCGCACAGAUGUGGUGGCCUGCUACUCUCGUCCAAGUCUCUCUGUUCAGGGCAUUGCAUGAAAAAGAACGGAGGCGCAUGUCGAAAGAGAAAUUCUUCUUGAUAGCGCUUAUUUGCAGCUUCGCAUGGUACGUGGUUCCUGGUUACCUCUUCACAACGUUGUCAAUUAUUUCGUGGGUGUGUUGGAUUUUUCCUCAUUCAAUCACAGCCCAUCAAAUAGGAUCAGGCAAGUAUGGACUUGGUUUGGGUUCUUUUUCCCUUGAUUGGACCACUGUAGCCGCAUUCCUUGGCAACCCUCUUGUUACUCCUUUCUUUGCAAUAGCUAAUAUCAUUGUGGGAUACGUCUUAUUAAUCUACCUUCUCAUACCUCUAUCAUAUUGGGGAUUUAAUCUCUAUGAUGCCAAAAACUUCCCCAUAUACUCUUCAACUCUAUUCACUGCCCAUGGUAAAAAAUACAAUGUGACAGCCAUUGUAAAUGAAAAGUUCGAGAUAGAUAUGAAUGCAUACGAGCAACAAGGUCGAGUCAACAUGAGUGUGUUUUUUGCUGUUAGCUAUGGACUCGGCUUUGCUGCCAUUGCCUCUUCCCUCACUCAUGUGGCCAUAUUUAAUGGAAGGGAGAUAUGUAGACAAUUCCGAUCUUCCCGAUCUGGAACGGAAGAUAUUCACACAAGAUUGAUGAAGAAGUACAAGCAAAUACCUAAUUGGUGGUUUCAUGUGACGCUUUUGGCUUCAUUUGUACUUGCACUUGUGCUCUGUAUUGCCAUGAAAGAUCAGAUACAAAUGCCAUGGUGGGGUCUCAUAUUUGCAGCUGGGCUUGCAGCAACUUUUACUCUUCCCAUUAGCAUCAUAACGGCCACGACUAAUCAGAGUCCAGGUUUGAAUAUCCUUACCGAGUAUAUCAUAGGUGUGAUUUUACCUGGUAAACCAAUCGCCAACGUUUGCUUCAAGACAUAUGGUUACAUGAGUAUGUCACAGGCUGUUUCCUUUCUAUCUGAUUUCAAGCUAGGACAUUACAUGAAGGUUCCACCACGUUCAAUGUUCAUAGUUCAGAUUGUAGGGACUCUUGUAGCUGGAACCGUGGACGUUGGCGUGGCAUGGUGGUUGCUGGGUACAAUCAAGAAUAUAUGCAACGAAGAUAAACUGCCUGCUGAUAGCCCGUGGACUUGCCCGAGUGACCAAGUCUUCUUUGAUGCAUCCGUGAUAUGGGGUUUGGUUGGUCCAAAACGAAUAUUUGGUACUCUUGGAAAUUACUCAAAACUCAAUUGGUUCUUUUUAAUUGGAGCAUUGGGACCACUGGUUAUAUGGCUACUCCAUAAAGCAUUUCCCAAACAAAAAUGGAUAUCCAUGAUUCACCUUCCUGUACUUCUAGGAGCAACAGCGAACAUGCCACCCGCUAGCACAGUAAACUUCAAUGCAUGGAUCAUUGUUGGGACAAUCUUUAACUACUUUAUAUUUAAAUAUCGUAAGGAAUGGUGGCAGCGAUACAAUUAUGUGCUAGCAGCAGCUAUGGACGCUGGAUUGGCUUUCAUGACAAUUCUACUGUAUUUUGCUAUUAACAUGGAGGAAAAAAGCAUCGACUGGUGGGGACAAGAUGAACACUGUGAACUUGCUAGAUGUCCAACAAGCAAAGGUAUUGUUGGUGAGUGGUGUCCUGUAAAUACUGGUUGA